ACGGGGUCACAUAUAGAACACGCGUCUGGAGAAUAUAUGUCGGUUCCCAGCAAAGCUGCUGAACAAGUCCGGAACCGCACCGCUUACGCCUCUUUUGGAAAUGAAGGCCUUACAGCGACUGCAAAUGCGCACGGCCGCUUGCUCCAAAUCACACGCUAUUUUGGGGAGGAACAAAAGCAUUUUGACAACCCAUCGGGUUUCGUCUGUGUGGAAUUCGCUGAACUGCCACCUCCUUACUUGAUCGUCUCACGUUUGGCUCGCUUGGGGUCGCACACCAAGAGUUCUAAAAACGGGAUGCGCUUCGAAAUGAGCUCCAAUGACAGCGCAUGGGAAAUGAGCUCAGAAAUACCAAAGAUGGAGUUUCUUCGCGACCGUUGGCCGCGCUUCAGCACGACCACCCAAGUAUUCGAUGUCAAAAUCGAAUAUCGCAUAUACAAAGACACUGUGUACCAAGUAUAUACAUAUAAAGAGAAGAAAUCAGAAGCUCAAGGCAUCACAACCCUUCCACAGCUUACCAUCAACGUCAAACCACUUUUUCAAUGUCUUGAUUUCUCAAAGAAACCUAGUAGAAUUGACCAGGAUCCAAAGAAUGCAUAUUUGAGAGAAAGAAACGGAGAAGAAAAUGUUCUCAGGAUCCGGAAAAAAACUGAGGAGAAUGGAAAUACAAUUGUGCAAAAUGCUGCUUGUUUGUGCUUAUCGUUGUUCAUCAAUGGUCAUGCUCAAAAAUUGUCUGGGGAUGACGAAACCACUGAGUAUACAAUUGAUCCAUCUAACCCAUCUGAGCGACAAAAGGAUGGGGAGAUAGAAAUAGCAUUGGCUUAUACGCUGAGGCAAAUUCCUUCGAACAACGAAGAUGUCAACAGUAUCGAGCCCGUGGACUUGACUGACUAUCGGAGGGUACUUGAAGAAUCUGGGGCUGAGUUCGAAGCAACAUCAUUUACGGAGGACGCACAUCUUAAUUUUGCACUGAGACGAAAUUUGGAACACAUUUUAUCCGUUUGCAGCAUACCUGCUGCCGAGACUUCUGAUGGGAUUCCUCUAAUAGCUUUGACGUGUGGAGAUGUUUCUGGCCACCGAAUUUCCAUUGCUGCAAGCUUUUAUGCAUUUCAAGUUCUACUUCAAGCGUUGAGUCAUUUCAGUGAGAAAGCAAAGACAUCAUGCAAAACACCCAAAUGCCCUUGUCAAAGCUACAAUUUCAGCGCCAUAUCUCAAAAUCUCUGCGGAAGCUACGAUUGUUACAUGCGUUCACGAAUCUGGAAAGUCUGUUAUGGGCAUGUCAAAUGGUUAUUAAAGAUCUUAAAGCAUGACAAAGACGAGAAAUCUAUUUGUCCUCACCAUUGGGCCAGCGGGGAAGUAAUAAAGGGCUGGGAAGGCCACUCCUUUUUACGGGGGAGAUCUCUCUCCGAUACACCAUUUCACAUUAUUAAAGCUGCAGAAUUUUACAAAAUAGCUGGAAAGGAAGACAAAAAAAAGGAAGUUGCCGAUGCAUUCCAGCCCAUCAUUACUAAUUGGGUCAAAAAACUUGACGAAAGGAACAAACAAGGCCAAUACGCAUUUCCACAUUUCAGACAAGAACCAACUCACAUAUUCUGUUUUUCUAAUCAUGUUAUGAUAUGGAGAGGCCUUAAGUCGGCUGAGGAUCUUGGGAUGACCCAGGAGCUUAAACCUGAUUUCGACCCUGAGACGAAGCAGGGUCGAAAAUUGAGCUACACAUCCACCAAGAUUAGGACCAACAUACUCAAAAGAUUUACUACGAAAAACACACAGUCCAACCAGCGCAUGCUCACGAGUUUACGCAGCCCCACCGGAACGGAAUUUCUUCUUCGAUUGGAAGAUACAGUACUUUUUGACGCCGAUAAUUUGGGGCUAUUUGAAAAAACUACAACACCAGCAAACACAAACGGGUGGGAUAACAAGAUUGACGUUUGGAAGAGCAUGAUAGACUUCCAGAUGGAUCAACUAGGAAGUGAGGAUAUUGAUUGGAUACACCCAUUACAAUUCGCGCAGGCAAUGAUGAUGUCCGCGAAAGAUUGGGAUAUUGGCUCCACGCCGAAAGACCAAAUGACCAAAAUGUUCGAUUUUUCAAAAUCGGUUCUACUUGAAAGUUCUUCUUGUAAUGGACUAUUUCCGGGACAGCUGGACGAGAAUAAAGAGUCUGCACUGUUCAGCGAAGAGCUUGAAAGCGAAGACUACUGGAACACUACUUUUGAGUUACCAUAUAUCUUAUGGACCUACCGAAUGCAACCAAAAAUUGCUUCACGCACUCUACCGCGUCAGCGCCUUACUAAGUCUCGACCAACUUCGAAUGCAGAGUACCAGGAAGGCUUCACGGAUGACAAUAAUAUACCAUUCGACAACAUCGUUGACGCUAGAAACAUUGUGGAGUAUACAGACGAGUGGAUGUAUAAUGAGCCUAAGUUUUUUGGUCUCGAGUACGGUGAUCUAAAGUCUUCCGUCGAAAAAUUCCGUGCAAAUAAAAAGGACAUUCAUGUGAAAGUCAUGCUGAAAAUUAUUAGAAACCAAGCUCAACAUCCUGAUGGCAAAGUUAAAGGAUACCUCAUUGAUGUGCCGAAAUCCAAAUCUCUCCGGGAGAAGGACGAAUAUACUACACCGAAAAUUUCCGGAACGCAAAUCUCCAAAAACUCCGAAAUGUACGGUCUUCUAGCAAAGAAACGAUUGCCAGAGGAGGCAAAGAAGAGACUUGUUCAUUUUUAUGGCCCAAAUAGAGAGACCGCGUUGAUAUGCUAUCUUGCCUCGUCGGAACAGGAUGAGAUUUCAAUUUUUUUUCAAAGACAUGCCUUGUAUGACAAGUAUUUCUUUGAUGAAACAACGCCAAUACUCAAUACAUGGGAAACCGAGCUUCAUCUAUCUUUCUAUCGAAUUACCGAUGAAAAUAGCACCCCCAAAGCUCCUGGUAUUUCCCCACAAGAUAAGAUUGAGUUCCCGCAUAGUUAUCAGCAGAGCGAGAGUAAGUGGAUAGGCCGAGCUGUAAUGAGCUUUAGGUUCGACGGCGACGUAUUCGAUCGUUAUUGGACAUGCCACUUUUUUGAAUGCGGGUCGCAGCGGGCAGAAAACGAGGGAGAUUUUGAAUCGCUUGGCAUACCCAAUCUCAAAACGGCUAAAAACUCUUCGAAAGAACAUCCUUGGAAGCAACGACAGGUUUUGGAACUGUUAUUAUUUGAUGAGAUUUUACGGGAAAUGCUAAAGAGUACUCAACAUAUCCUUAAAAGCGCCAAGGGUGAAGUCCUAAGAAAUCCUAAGAAAAAUCCUUCUUCAAAUGCACAAACAAUCAGUCUCACAUCGCCACUCUCAGAUCCGCUUGAUUUGUUUCAAGAAGUUAAUGGUGCCGUAUUUGAUUCUACGACCCAAUUAUGGCGCAAAUUACACCAUAUACUGCAAGUUGUGGAAGACGAUCUCAGCGAAAAUUUAACAAUUAUUGGGCACUGGAAGGAUCGACAGGCAAGCCGAGCACCCAACCGACCGCGAUGGACUCUCAAGGAUGAACGCGGUUAUCGAAGUGAUAUAUAUAAGCUUCUUGCAUCAAAUGAACAAAAAAUCAUCAAGUUGAAGCGCUGUUACGCCGACAUCGAGUCGUUCAAGACGCUGCUGUCGAAGAGAUUGGAGAUUACACGCCAAGACUUGGACCUGCGCCGUGCCAACGAUCUUCGACUCUUUACGUACGUAACGGUGGUAUUUCUCCCCAUCAGCUUCGCUACUGGCGUGUUCAGCAUGAGCGACGCACCGACGGCGGGAAUUAUGGGCAGCAUGGCUACAACCGCAACUGUUGCUCUGUUGGUGACCGUGGUGCUCUUGUUCAAUGCCAAAUCUUUGGAGGCGUACCUGGCGCAGCCACUGUUAUCCCUCUUCCGCCGAGUAUUCUACAAUCCUAUAAUUAGCCCGUGUGUUUACUUCCUUGCGCGUUACUUGUUUUUCCCUCUCCACAGCUCGUUGCCGGAUAACAUACUGCCUCCAGGAAAGGUCAAAGGUUUUCUUACGAGACUUUCGCAAAUUGGUGCGAUAAGUGAAGCACGGAGAGAUUUUUUCGCGACCGCUGAGAGCCGUUUAGAGGAGGGGAAUCCUCACGCAGACCCGGCGAGAUCCUCCCAGCUGUCGUCAUCUCAAAGUUCCACGAUUGCACAGAGCGAAGAAGGCGUACUUGCUAAGACAUCAUCAGAAAGAUCAGGAUCAGAUCCUUCAUCGAUGACAACAACCCUUCAAUAG